GUGAGUCCUCGUACAUCGAUUUCAGCAGUCCAGACACUCGGGCGUGGUACUCCAGAUGUUUCAGCCUGGAUAAAUACAAGGGAUCCACACCGUCAUUAUUUGUGUGGAAUGAUAUGAAUGAACCGUCUGUGUUCGACGGGCCGGAGCAGACCAUGCCAAAAGACGCAGUGCAUUAUGGGGGCUGGGAACACCGGGAAUUACACAACCUGUACGGCUUCUACCAGCACAUGGCCACAGUGGACGGGCUGAUAACUCGCUCAGGUGGUUCAGAGAGACCGUUCGUCCUUUCGCGCUCCUUCUUCGCCGGCUCACAGAGAUUUGGAGCGAUAUGGACCGGUGACAACGUAGCCACCUGGGAAUAUCUGAAGAUCUCGAUUCCGAUGCUUCUGUCUCUCAGCAUCACAGGCAUCGGAUUUUGUGGAGCCGAUGUCGGUGGGUUCAUUCAGGACCCGGAGCCGGAGCUGCUGGUGCGCUGGUACCAGGCAGCCGCCCUGCAGCCGUUUUUCAGAGGUCACUCUGCAAACGUGACAAAGCGCCGCGAGCCGUGGCUGUUUGGAGAAGAAGUCACCGCUGCAAUCCGGUCUGCGAUCCAACAGAGGUACUGUUUGCUGCCUUACUGGUACACUCUUUUCUAUCAGGCUCACACCUGCGGCCUGCCUCCGCUCAG